AGAUUUUGACACGUCGAAGAGUGGUCACAGUUUAUUAUCGGUAUAAAAAGCCGAAUUUUAAAAAAUUAUUUUGUUAAUUGGGGAAUAUGAAAUUUAUAUUACGAUAAGCUAUUUAUUCUUAUAAUGCGGUGUGACUGGAAUUUAAGAAAGAAAAAAAAACGCAUCUAACGUGAAUAAUAAGACAUGGAAUUUUACGUAAUGACCGAUUACAACAUUUCGCCACCAGAAAGGUACACAAACCUUUCUCAAAAGCAUAAUUACAUAAACUUUUUUAUUCAAAAUAAAAUAAUCGAAAAGGAAAAUACCUGAUUUGAUUCUAGACAAGAAGACCCAAUUAACGGGCCUUACUGGGUCUUAGUUUAGAUUUAAAUGGGCCGGAUUUAUCUAACUAACGGGUCGUAAUACUUUGAGCCUUGAGAUGAACGCUUCUCAUUCGAAAAAUACGCGCGUCCCAUCAAACGAGUACAACGCAUUACACGUGUAACGUUCCUAUUGGUUCAGUAUAAACCCACUUUCUCUCAACUCAAAUAAAGUUUUAACCGUUUUUACCGCCUUCAGUUACAGAGUCGAAGCGAGAGAGCAAGAGAGAGAUCAUCAAUGGCCUUAGGAGACGAUCCGGAGAACCGAGAGAUCGGAAGCGAAGACGGUGGCCGGAGCAGAAUCGGACCGCCGCCUAUUCCAUCACCGUUGUCGUCGUGGCUGGUUCCAUUGUUCGUCGUAACCAACGUGACACUCUUCUCCAUCGCGAUGUUCGUCAACAACUGCCCUAAGCAUUCGGAGUCUCAUCAUUCUCCCAACCACCACUGCGUCGCCACGUUCCUCGGGAGACUCUCGUUCGAGCCUCUCCGGAACAAUCCUCUCUUCGGUCCAUCUUCACGCACAUUGGUGAAGUUAGGAUCACUUGAGUGGUGCAGAGUCGUGGAAGAGCAUGAAGCUUGGCGUCUCUUUACAUGUAUAUGGUUACAUGCCGGUGUUAUUCAUCUUGUGGCUAAUAUGAUCAGUCUCCUCUUCGUCGGUAUUCGCCUGGAGCAGCAGUUUGGUUUCGUUAGGAUUGGAGUUAUAUACGUAGUAUCAGGAGUAGGAGGAAGCGUAUUGUCUUCUCUCUUUAUCAGAAAUGGUGUCUCUGUUGGAGCUUCUGGUGCUCUCUUUGGACUUCUUGGCUCAAUGCUUUCCGAGAUUCUUACCAACUGGACUAUCUACUCUAACAAGGUUGCAGCACUCUUGACGCUUUUGUUUGUCGUUGUGAUAAACCUGGCCUUUGGGAUUCUACCUCACGUUGAUAAUAUGGGUCAUCUGGGUGGGUUUGUAGUUGGGUUUCUCCUCGGUUUUGUUCUGCUGGCUCGUCCUCAGUUCAAGUGGUUAGCUAGAGAGCAUAUUCCACAAGACAGACGUCUGACGUCUAAGUACAAGCCUUACCAAUACAUAUUAAGGCUCAUCUCUCUAGCUUUGAUGAUCGCCGGGUUUGUGGUGACGCUGGUGAUGCUAUUCAGAGGAGAAGACGGUAAUGAUCACUGCCGCUGGUGUCGCUACCUACGCUGUAUCCCCACUUCAAAAUGGAGUUGUGAAGACGUUUGAUAAAUAAGCAAACAUUGUUUACUUUGUAAAUGCUUAGUGUGAUUGCUUGUGUGUGUGUGUGGUUGUCCUUCAUUGCGCAAACUUGUGACUUGACAUGACUACAAAUUAUUGAAGUUUCUUUAACCA